GCCGGGCCGGCCCAACUGAGACUAGUUCUCCGAUUGGGUAAAUAUUACUAUGAAGCAAACGUGUCUGCCUCUUCUUCCCAACACGUUGUCGUUUAUCUGGCCGCAUAAGCUGCGCUGAGCCGCCUCUCCGGUUCUAAUCAAAUCACACGCGCCUCCCCUUUUUCCUCUCUGCCCACUUCUCUCUCAUUCUUCCAGAGUUUCUAGUUUAAGCGAGGAGAGAGAAUAUUCCAGUAAAAUUAAACAACAAAAUGGCGAGCAAUCUGUGCCGUCUGUUAUCAUCGCCGAUCGCGAGAUCCGAGUUCUUCAUCCCGGCGGCGAGUCGCCGACUCGUCUCUACGACGACUCAGCUCCUGCAUAAUCAGCAACCGGAGACGAAGGAUUCGCCGAUUGAUGAAGAUAAAGAGAAGAUCCGUAGCCAAAUCGUCGAAGAUGAGAAGAAACACGAAUCUGAAGAUGAUGAAAGCGACGAUGAUUCUGUGAAUAAGCUGACCGGUGAAAUCGGCGGUCCCCGCGGGCGCGAGCCAACUCGCUACGGAUGGGAGCAGAAAGGCCGCUGCUCUGAUUUCUGAGGUUUUCUCAAUUUACUACUCAUUUUUUUCCCCCUUUCUGCUGUGUGUUAGAAAUUUGACAAAAAAUAAAUAAAUACUUUUCCAUUGGUAAAUUUUAUUAUUAUCAUUUAUAAAUUAACUGUCUAUUGAUAAUCAUUUUUUAUUUAUUUUUAGAGGCGAAUCGGAAUUUGAACGCCAAAUCCAAGAAUUAAUUAGUUUAAAAUA